GGGACUUGAAGAGCAGGGGCUGCACCAGAAGAGAAUAAAUAUAGUGUUAUAGCUUGUACUAUUGUAGCUAAUCUAUUGGUAAUAAAAUGCCUCCGUAGCUUUCCUUCUCCUUUAAAGUUCCUAAACCUGACUGUUUUGCCAACCUGACUGUCACAUCUCAGCCUGACAGUUAGAGUUUCUAAUAGUAACAGACUCCUGCUGCUCAAAUAUGGCAGCCCCCUCAUAGGGGGAACAUAGGGGAUCAGAAAGCAGAGGACAGACAAGGGGUUGGUAAAUAAUGAGAGCGGCGUCUGGCCCGUCCCAGCCAUGUAAUUAUGAGAGGACACGGAAACUGUCAGUAACCAAGUGACAUAACCAGUGCCGCAGUCUCACGCGAGACAUCACUAGCCCAGCAAUCAUGUUGGAUUCCUUCAUUAGUUUUGAGACCCUCCGGGAGUUAAAGAGACUGUUUCAUUGGGGCCCAAUCAUUGCCCUGGGAGUGAUUAUAAUCUGCUCCAUUAUGGCCGUCUUGGACUCUAUUCUGUGGUAUUGGCCCCUGGAUACCCCGGGUGGGAGCCUCAACUUCCUCACUCUCAUCAACUGGACUGUAAUGAUUCUGUACAACUACUUCAAUGCCAUGUUUAUUGGGCCGGGCCUCGUCCCUCGGGGCUGGAAACCGGAGAGAACUCAGGACUGUGCUUACCUGCAGUACUGCAAAGUGUGUGAGGGGUACAAAGCACCGCGCUCUCAUCACUGCCGAAAAUGCAACAGGUGUGUCAUGAAAAUGGAUCAUCACUGUCCUUGGAUAAAUAACUGCUGUGGACACCGAAAUCACUCGUCCUUCACCCUCUUCCUUAUCCUUGCCCCCCUAGGCUGUAUUCAUGCUGCUUAUAUCUUUACCAUGACCAUGUACACACAGCUGUAUAAUAGGAUCUCAUUUGGUUGGAAUUCCGUCAAGAUUGACAUGGGUGUAUCUCGGCAUGAUCCCGCCCCCAUCGUUCCAUUUGGGAUCUCGGCAUUCGCUGUGACCCUGUUUGCACUGGGAUUGGCUCUGGGCACAACUAUUGCUGUGGGGAUGCUGUUUUUCAUGCAGAUGAAAGUCAUUCUGAGGAAUAAAACCUCCAUUGAGUCGUGGAUAGAGGAGAAGGCGAAAGACAGGAUCCAGUAUUAUCAGACAGAUGAGACUUUCAUUUUCCCAUAUGAUUUGGGGAGCAGAUGGAAGAAUUUCCGGCAAGUGUUCACCUGGGCUGGAUCACCUGAGGGGGACGGCAUUGAGUGGAAGUUGCGAGAGGGAUGUCACCCCUUUACUCUGACGAUUGAGCAACUGAAGCAGAAGGCAGACAAGAGAGUGCGCAGUGUGCGCUACAGAGCAGUAGAAGAAUUUAGCGGCGCCUGCUGUCCCCUCACCAAAGGGGUCCGGACUCUCUUCUCUACCCCCUGCACCGAGGAACCCCGAAUGAAGCUCCAUAAAGGGGAUCUGGUUUUAGCCACCAGGGGAUUAAAGCACUGGCUGUACGGAGAUAAACUCUUUGAAGGGGAACUGCCAGAAGAUGGAAUACGAGUGAGAGGCUGGUUCCCAAGGAGGUGCGUUGUUAAAUGUGUCUCAGACUCUGGUUCCGACCAAUCGGAUGACGAGAAGAAAACCAGAUAGCCUUUCCAGAAGCUUGCACUCGGUGCAUGGUCCCAUAUCAGGCUGGGAAUGGAUUGGAUUGAUACAGUCAGAGAAUUAAAUGCGCUAUUGGACCCCUGAAGGUUGGGCACUUGUUUCCUGAAAGCUUCCAAGACAAGUGGGGGGAGGCAGCCACCUCUAUACGGGGUCUCUCAUUUGCUACAAGGGAAUCACUCUGUGUCCAACCCUGUCAGCACUUCAGGGUAUUUAAUAAAUUCCUGUGCUGAUUUGGGAAACAGAACUGUAACAUUGUGCAAGUUUUUCAUCUCAGCAGCAGAGAAGAACGUCGCAUUACUCUGCCCAAGAGCUGACAUUUGUGCCCUGUGGCCUGGUGUCACUCGUAGCAACUGGUACAGCCACAACUGCACCAAUAGCAAAGGGACUUUGUAUCUGUACUGCCACUUUAACUCAAGCGCUGGGUGGGGCUAGAACAUUCCCAUUGCAGCUUACAGGAGGAGGGGCAAGGGUCUCUUGCAGGUAAGCAAUGGGCGGGGCUUCAACACGCUGAUGGAAGCUUACAGGGGAGUGGGUCAGGGGGUCUAGAACUAAAGAAAUGGGUGGGUCUGGGACACUGAUGAUCUUACAGGGGGUUGGCUGAGUAAUCUGUAACUCAAGCAAAGGGGCGGGUCUAGAAAACUCUAUAGGUAGCUUGCAGGGGGUGGGGCAGGGAGUUGCAGCGGCAUUAUAUAGUUUUAUAGUUCAUUUGGGAUGAAAAGUAAAAUAAAAGUUAAUUUCCAGGAUAAGAAGCCCCUGGAAUCCCUUGAGCUGUGCUGGACUUGCUGCAAGAGGAAUGUUUGAUAGAAAGCUGUAAAGUGCAAACACCCUGCCCAAGAACAGACUUCAUUGUCUGAAACAAAAUACUUGUUUUACUUGUCCUUUAAGGAAACCAAAAACAAUGGAUGCAGCUCAGAACUCAGUAAUAAUGAUCAGCCUUCCCGUCACUAUUAAUAGGCUCCGGUUGUUACUCAUGCUGCACUCCCCACGCUAACACUGUUGUUUGUGCUGACAUCAUACAUCAUGUGAUGUCAUAACUCAUACUUGUACUUCUGGGCUGUAGAAACCUCCAAUUGUUCCAUUACAACUGCCAGUAUUCCAGUUGGAGUGUGGGAGUUGUAGUAUAACAACAGCAGGUUGUUUACCGGGUUACACAUCCCUACUUUGUGGGGUCCCCUCUUCAACUAGUGCUGCAAAAAGACAUUGAACUGUUAUUGAAUCUCCCCCAACCUGUGUAUGUGUUCGACUGCAAACAACUUCUCUUAUUUAUGUUUUGUUUCCUAAUCAUCCAUGUCUUGUUAUUGCCUUUUCUCCAACUUAUUUUUUUGUAGCUGAACUGAAUCCAAAUCUUUUUACAAAUACCCAGACUCUUUGUUGUUAAUAAAAUGAGAAACAAACCAG